GCCGCCUCAGGAGCCGCCGCCAGCGGCUCCAUCCCCCCCCAACCUGGAACCAUGGGGGUCCCCGGGGCGCUGCCGGCGCUGCUUUUGGGGUUUUUUGGGGUUUUUUUUGGGGUUCCCACCCGGGUGGGAGCCGGGGAUUGCAAAGGGCAGCGCCGGAUCCUGAGGGGACCCCGCGGCUUCGUCACCGACGGCCCCGGCAACUACUCGGUCAACGGCAACUGCGAGUGGCUCAUCGAGGCCCCCAGCCCGCGGCACCGGAUCCUGCUGACGUUCACCUUCAUGGACACGGAGUGCACCUACGAUUACCUGUUCGUCUACGACGGCGGCUCCACGCGCAGCCGCCUGCUGGCCGCCCUCAGCGGCAGCUCCCUCCCCGCGCCCCUCGAGGCCACCUCGGGAAAGAUGCUGCUGCACCUGUUCAGCGACGCCAACUACAACCUGCUGGGCUUCAACGCCACCUGGCAGCUGUCCCUGUGCCCGGGGGGCUGCUCGGGCCGCGGCCGCUGCCACCCCCAGGGCCACUGCCAGUGUCCCCCCGCCUGGGGGGGACCCUCCUGUGCCACCCCCGCCUGCCAGGACUACUGCCACCCCCCCGGGGGCACCUGCAACCCGGUGAGCCGCGCGGCCUGGAGAGCUGGGGGGGG